AGUGCCUCUAAAGCUUUCCACUAUCCUUGUUUUGUUUAGUUCUUGCUGUAAAAAAUUCCUUACAAUUGCUAUUUAUCGGUUAAUCAUGCUGAAAGAGUAUUGAUUUUAGAUCGUAAACUUACAGAAGUAAAAGGUUAUUUCAGUGAGCAAUCUCAUGCCGAUACAAGUUAAUUUAAACCAACAGCAUCUUAUUAAUGAUGAAGAGAAAGUUUAUAUAAAGAUUGUUCAUCUUAAAUCAUUCACAGAAAAAGCUUUUAAUAACUCACUCUUGUUCAUUCUGGUGAGGUGCAUUAUUUUGUAUGAAACCAUCAUAGACGCUCAAUUAAAUUCUUUCUCAUAUGGUGUGUAAAAUUGUUUCUAGAUAUAAUUUCGAUCAUAACCAUCUUUCUGUUUGGCAAGAAACUUUAUUCUAUGAAGUAAAACUUUUUUUAAGAAGAAAAUAUAACUUGUUCAUUUUGGAAUGAUGUCUUUGUCAUGCAGUAUUUGUAAUAAAACUUUCUUAAAGGAAGAAAGCUUAAAUAUGCAUAGUCUUAUUCAUACUUUGUUCAAACCUUACUCGUGUAGUGUGUGCAGUAAAUCUUUCUCACAGAAGUCUAAUUUAAAUAAUCAUUAUCUUAUUCAUACUGGUGAAAAGCCUUAUUCAUGCAAUUUCUGUAAUACAACUUUUUCGUGCAAAUCUUAUUUACGUUUACAUUCUUUUAUUCACACUGGUGAGAAGCCUUUUUCGUGCAGUUUAUGUGGGAAAUCUUUCAGGAAUAGAUAUAGCCAAAAGAAACACUCUAUAGUUCACAGUGGGGAGAAGCCUUAUUCAUGCACGGUAUGUGAGAAAGCUUUCACUCAGAAAGCUGAAUUAAAUAAACAUUAUCUUGUUCAUACUGGAGAGAAGCCGUAUUCAUGCACUGUGUGCAACAAAGCUUUUAGACUGAAAAGUGUUUUAAAUCAACACUAUUUUGUCCACAGUGAAAAAAAUCAUAAUUCACAUAGUUUUUCAAAUUACAACUUACAAAAAGAUAGUUUGAAUGAGCCUAGUCAUGAUCAUACAUUAUCAAAACCUUAUUCAUGUGGUGUGUGCAAUAAAUCUUUUUCUUGUGAAUAUAAAUUAAAUAAUCAUUCUGUUGUUCAUACUGGAAAUAAGUCUCAUUCUUGCAAUGUAUGCAAUAAAUCUUUUUUGCAUCGUUCUAGUUUUCUCCUUCACUCUUUUAUCCAUACUGGUGAGAAGCCUCAUUCUUGCAGUUUAUGUAGUAAGGCUUUCAAAGAUAAAUCUAGCUUAAUAAGACACUCCGUUGUUCAUACAGGAAAAAAGUCUUAUUCAUGCACUUUAUGUAAAAAGACUUGCACACAAAAAUCUGAUUUGGAUAAACACUAUCUUAUUCAUACGGGAGAGAAGCCACAUUCUUGCAUUGUAUGUAAUAAGGCAUUCAGACUUAAAACUGUCUUAAAUAAACACUACCUUGUUCAUACUGGAGAGAAGCCCUAUUCAUGUAAUCUAUGUGAGAAAGCUUUCACUCAGAAAAAAGGUUUAAAAAAACAUCAUCUUGUUCAUUCGUAAGAGAAGCCUUAUUUCUGUAAUUUAUGUAAUAAUCUUUCACAUAAAGGACUAUUAUCAAAUA